AAUGAGAUGAUAUGGUAUGAUAAACAUGGUUCGCAGCUAAUCCAAGUUCCUUAAAUAUUCUUUGGACUGCACUUUGGCGGCGUCUAUUACCGUUUCAUGGUCGUUAGUGAAAUUGGUUUAACUAGAUCAGUGAGUUGCCACCAAAGUGCUAAUUGCACUGGUUUCGGGCCUUAAAAGCCUCUUUGGCCAAGACAAACAAGCCGCCGCCAGAAGAAAGUGAGUGAGUUGAGGUGUGAAAACGCAUGGCUCAGUUCACCGCUGAUUCUCGAGCCGAACGGAAGCAAAAUGAGACUAGAAGUUGCAAUGUACGCGUUCCUCAGCUGGAUGCACUUGUGCUCCGCCGAUGGUCAUCUGAAACGCUUGAGCAGAUCACUGAUCUUUCCGCCAACGAGUCCCACGCGUGUGCAGUUCAUCGGUGGCAUUGGUAUUCCCGUAGAGAACCUGCACUUUGAGUCCGUUACCUCGGGCUAUGUGCUCAAGGCGGAGUACUUUCUGCCCACCAACUCCACGGAGAUUACACGGGUCUACCUCAAGCCGAUGGCCAUAACGGGCAGGGAGAAGGAGUCCCCCUAUGGAGCAUUAUAUCGUUGGAUUAUCUACCGCGGCAUCGAAAUGGUCAUCGAGAACAUGGGCUUGCCCGGCCGUAGUUGUCUCCUCCGGCUGAUUUGUGAGCAUGCCGCACUGCCGCUGAACCACGAAUCCGGCCUGCUGGGUGAGAUCAUGGACAUAGUGCUGCGGCCCUCCAGUUCGGUGGACCAGCUGGGACAAAGCUCGGAUCGGGAAUACCACACAUCGGAGCACUUUGGCAAGGGGGGCGGCGACUGCCAGGCGGCCUAUGCCAGCAGGUGCAAGAAGUCGCCCAUGGAACUGAUCAGCCUGCUGCUGGAAGUCAAUGAAUAAAUACUUAAAUCGCACUGAACCAGGCUGUUUCGUUUCGAAUUGAAUUGAAUGUCAGGUCACAAUUGAGUCACGUGGUGCCACAAUUAGGGUGUGACAAU